GGGAGAUAGAAAGAAACUUAGCAUCCAUUCAACGAGCAAGUGAAGCAAGAUGCCGGGCGCGGGGGCUUCGCAGGUGCAACUCGUCACGCGUGUCGGUGGCUACGCGGAAAAAGAGAAUGGCGACUUGGGCGCGUGGCUGAGAAAGCACAAUCUUGCGGAUCUGGACUCGUGGGGUCAGGCGCCCGGAACGAAGCCGGUGUGCAAGCUCGCUGAAGAGAUUCGCCUCGGCGAAACCACGAUCGAACUGUGGGAAACCUCGCAUGUUGCCUCAGAGGCCGGGAACCACAAGCAGGUACGACAUUUUCAACAAGAAAGUAUUUGCGGCCAGCCGCACGAGCUUUGGACGUGUUGGCGCUGAGAGAUCGAUGAUUGAAGGUUGAAAGAAGUGAGUAUGUAGUUGUCCUCAUCCUUGCAAACAUGCAAGUGCGAAACCUGCCGACAGGUGUCUGUAGAUCAUUCCGGCGCGGCGGUACCAGUUUCAUCUCACCCACAAACGAUCCCGGUCCGCUGUGUCCACGUGCUUCGGGCGAAGGUCUGCUCCCGUGAGAGUCGAGAAAGAGGGAGGUUCCUGAUGAAUACGUGGCAGCAGACCAGCAAGGGGGAGUACCGGUUCCGGCACGGUCUGUUAUCGGAAAAGCUCGGGGCGGAUGAACUUCCGCUGGAGCAGCAUUUGUUUCAGGCCGGCGAACGGGCGGUCACGCAGGAGGAGAUGGCGCGGGUCGUGCACAAGUCGACGCGCAUGCAGGAAGCGGCCGCGCAACACCCGUACGAUCCGGCCGCCAAAAGCCCGCUCAAGGUUGUCGACGUCGUAUUCCAGGACCAGUGUACGGAACAGGAGGAAAGCAAGAGCUUUCCAGGUACGAUUUGAGAAAAAUUAAAGUGUGUCCGAGAACUACUUCGUUUCCUACGUAGAAGACAGUUUUUUUCGGGACGCUAACGUACGCGGUCGCAGUUUUGUUUCCUUUUCUUUUGGAGACAAAAAUCUGUCGAAUCUGAGUACUUAUCCUCACGGGGAUAGCGGAAGUACGUAUCCCUACCUUAUCAGGUCUACUUACCCUGUACUACCUGUAUACCGUGGAUGUGGUGUGCGACAAUCUUCCCGCGGACGACUUUAACACGCUUGAGUAUGACGGAAAGCAAAAGCUCAAGUACGUGCACGCCUGGCAAUGGACGUCGUGGGAGCUGCUUAAGCUGCACCUGUUCGAGGGCAGCACGUGUCGGGAACGUCCGGAGAAGUUCGACUCGGUGGACACCAUGAAGGCGUGGCUGAUGAGUACUUGCUUUGAGUGUUUGAUCGAAAUUCUUACUUUAAGUGUUUGAUCGAAAUGAUAAACACUUUAGCGCUUCAUUGCUUACAAUGGUUCUUCGAUGUGGCGUGAGCACGGCAGGGUUCGGAAAGGGAAAACGACGGCGGAAAGAAUAGACUAGAUCAUCAAAAAUAACUUCUGCUUCUAUCAAAACAGAGCACGGCGACAGCGGUCUGCGCGCCGCCAUUGCCUCGGAGUGGGACCCGCCGCGCGGUGGAGAGAUGAAUGGGAAUAAAAAGCAAAACGCGACGAAAUCCGUGGAGGACCUGUACCGGGAAGUGAAUGCUGGGGAGUGCUCGCUGGAACUCUGGUCGAAACGAAACGGGGUCGCUUUGAUCGUACGGGUCGUGCACGUGUUGCGAGCCAAAGUUGUGCACGAGAAAAACCGGGACCUCUUUCUCUUCAACACGUUUGACAGUAGCUUUUUUGAAAAUUAUGUUGAAACGAGAUGUACUUCCCCGGGAACAGUAAGCCCAACAGCUACAACUUUUGGAUCGAAAGUGCCUAAGAACCAUUUUCUUACCGAGAAGCUGAGCAAGCGCGGCGCGGUUGACGUGGCGGAGCACCUACGGGAGAACGUUGAACUCGCGCUCGAGAAGCGGUUGCAGAAGCUGCUCUCGGAGGAGACUGUCGAGUCGGCGCGCGGGGCGGAUCACGCUGGCGCGUACUUACUGGCUGCUGUGAGGAAAGCGGACGGUAUUGUGGAUGAAGAAGACGAAGAAGUAGAUACGACAUUUACUUCCUUAGGCCCUCCGGCAGGUCCUACGCUCCUUGAAGCCGAUCAUCGUGGCGGUGAGGGAAUAAGUGAGAAGAAAUUUCUGAAAGCGCAGCAAUCCGAUGCAUCGGUAGAAGCUGCUGCGGACGGGGGACGGGAAGAUGAUAUUUCCAAAAGCAACAAGAAAAUCGAAGUGACCGAUGUGCAAUUGCAAGGGAAGACUUACGAGGUGGAGCAGAGUCGCGGCUUUCCCGGGUUGCUCACGGUCUACCAUCUUUACAUGGUAAACGUCGAACAGAAACACCUGUGUCCGCACGUCUCGAGCUUUGCCUCGCUGCAGACUGCGGAAGUGAAGCGGCACAGAUUGCGAAAAGUCCAGCACUGGAGGUGGUGCACUUGGCCCGACGUGGUAGACCUGCUCAACCGGCGCGCACACCACCUGGAGGCGUGCGGCAAACUGCAGGAAGCAGCGUUGCAAACAUCGGUGACGAGCCUGGUGACGCGCUUGGAAACGGCCGCGGCAGAUUUCGCCAGAUUGCACCUGGCGGGCGCCGAAUGCGAGCAGCACCUGCGAGACUUAAAGGCGGUCGCGGCGGAGCUGCAAAGUGUUCCGCGACUGCACCAGUCGCUUGGAGAGGCGGCCACACUUCCCGCAGACGUCUUGCAGAGUUGCAUUGUGACGGAGCAAGCUGCCCGACAGCCCGACAAGCUUAGGUCUACAGACGCAACAAGCACCACCAGUGCCGGGAUGGCCGCGGGGUCAGAACUGUCGUCCUCUACUGCACUUGGAAGUCGAAAGUUGCAACCAGCAGGGAAAAGCGGCAGUGAUAGCACCAAUGGUGACAUUACUUCGUCCCCAGACCACGCCAAAAAAAGUUCGGCCAAGCCACUUCUGCAGCCGUUCACGCAGGGCAUCAAAUCGGCCGUGUCGCCGAAAACAGGAACAGAAGAAGCAGUGCUUCCUGGAGAACAUAAAUCUACUAUCUCAUCCACGAUCGAACAAACUGCGGCUCGCAAACGGGCGCCAGUCAUGCUAGAGCCGGAAGAGGACCACCUCGGUAGCCCGUUUGAGCACUUCGGGCAAUCGUUUCAGCUCGAGCCCUACAGUAAUUCGUACGGAUCAAGCAAGGUCGGGCCGGAUUCGCCGCAAACAAAGCUCCACAUGCACGCUGCAAUGCGGGAGUACCGGGAGGCGAACAAAUCCGAGAAGUUCCACGAGUCCGGUUUCGAGUGCUAGAACUACUAAAAGUGCAUAUAGUAUCUCAACAUAAUUGUUAAAGUUUUUCGAAAAAGACAAGUGCAAGUGGACACUCUGUCUCAGAAUAAUUUGGCGAGCAUGGUUCUACGUAAAGUUGAACAAAAGUUGCAUAUUUCUGCGUGAAUGGAUUGCGCAAGACCUGAAUUUGAAUCACAUGGUGAACGCAAAGGUCACCACCCAGCUUGUUGGUUUCGACUACUAUUUCGUUCGGAAAUAAAGAUGCGUUAUUGUGCCCGUGAGAUACUGGGCUUUUUUUCCUUCACCAUGGUGUUGUUCUUCG